CGUUCAGUAUUUCCAACAAAGUGUAUCGAAAUUGAGAUCUCAGGUUUUUGUGUGUGAUAAUAUUGAUUCUCGAGAGAUUUUUAAUUGACAACAUGAUAUCAUCCAAAGGGUGCAUUCUGAGACGACUGGCAGUAUUCGAUUUCGAUCACACUAUUAGCGAAUACAACACAGAUAUUGUCGUGCGGGAUCUUUUGGAUCAAAGUUUGAUUUCACCGGAAAUCAAGAGCAUAGUACGUAGUUGUGGUUGGAUCCCAUUUAUGCAGCGAAUAUUCCGUCUAUUGAAUCAAAAUGGUUUCACGCCUUCUGAUAUUAAAUCAGCUAUUCGUGCUAUCCCUGAAGUACCUGGAUUAAAAUCGUGCAUCAAAGAAAUGGCUGCGAAUAAUUUUCAUAUUAUCAUCAUAAGCGAUUCUAACUCCGAAUUCAUCAAGGCCUGGAACGAUUUUAAUGACAUCGAGAAAUAUAUACACACUACAUUUACAAACCCGGCUAAAUUCAACAGCAACGGCUUACUGGAAGUGCAUUCCUUCCACAAUCAAACUGAAUGCAGUCUAAGCUCAAAGAACCUCUGUAAAGGAAAAAUUUUAGAGGAUUUUUUAGAGAAACAAUUUAACGAAGCCAACACGGAGUAUGAUAAAGUCUUCUAUAUAGGAGAUGGUAAAAACGAUGUAUGUCCAAUGCUGCGACUGACUGAGAAUGGAUAUGCCUGCCCACGUGAUGGGUAUAGUUGCUAUGAUGAACUGAACGCUGCCAUUGCCAAACGAUCAGAGAAAUAUGAUGCGAAAAUUUUACGAUGGAGGAAUGGAAGUCACCUAGCAAAUCUUAUUUGGAGGGAGCUAUGAAGUCAUUUAGCUGAGUACCAUGAGCUAUCAGCAAAGUAUGCAUUUGUACUUUGGUCUGGAGCGUUGAAUGUCCUUUACUGUAUUUGUAUUGUAAUAAAAAUGCUAUCUACACAUUUCGCCUCCUAUUAUAG